GCUGCUGAGCUACACUUUGCUGCUACUGCCAGUCUCAGAGGCUCACAGUGAUCAUGGCGGACAGCGCGAGUGAGAGUGACACUGAUGGAGCGGGCAGCAGCUCGGCUACUCCCCAGUGCUCCACUUCUUCCUCUUCCAGCAAACAGCAGGGUUUCAUGAUUUCCCCGUUUCGUCUCGAGGAGCUGACAAAUCGCCUGGCGUCGCUGCAGCAGGAGAACAAAGUGCUAAAGAUCGAGCUGGAGACGUUCAAACUCAAGUGUAAAGCCUUGCAGGAGGAGAACCGAGACCUGCGCAAAGCCAGCGUCACCAUCCAAGCCCGAGCAGAACAAGAGGAGGAGUUCAUCAGCAACACGCUGUUUAAGAAGAUCCAAGCUUUACAGAAGGAGAAGGAAACUCUUGCUGUCAAUUAUGAGAAGGAAGAAGAAUUCCUCACAAAUGACCUCUCUCGCAAACUUAUGCAACUUCAACACGAGAAAGCUGAGCUUGAGCAGCACUUGGAGCAGGAGCAGGAGUUCCAGGUCAACAAACUGAUGAAGAAGAUCAAGAAGUUAGAGAACGACACCAUCUCCAAGCAGCUCACCUUGGAGCAGCUCAGACGAGAGAAGAUCGACUUGGAGAACACGUUGGAGCAAGAGCAGGAGGCACUGGUCAACCGGCUGUGGAAGCGCAUGGACAAACUGGAAGCUGAGAAAAGGAUUCUUCAGGAGAAGUUGGACCAGCCGGUCUCCGCUCCUCCAUCCCCUAGGGACAUCUCCAUGGAGAUUGAUUCCCCGGAGAACAUGAUGAGACACAUCCGUUUCCUGAAGAACGAGGUGGAGAGGCUGAAGAAGAACCUGCGUACUGCCGAGCUCCAGCACACGGAGAAGCGAGCUCAGUACAUUGAGGAGGAGCGGAUCAUGCGGGAGGAGAACAUUCGGCUGCAGAGGAAGCUGCAGAGGGAGGUGGAGCGGCGCGAGGCUUUGUGCAGGCAGCUUUCUGAAAGCGAGUCCAGCCUGGAGAUGGACGACGAGAGAUACUUUAACGAAAUGUCGGCCCAAGGCCUUCGCCCUCGCACCGUGUCCAGUCCGAUCCCUUACACACCCUCCCCAAGCUCUAGCAGACCCAUAUCUCCAGGGCUGUCAUAUGCCAGUCACACAGUGGGCUUUACCCCUCCAGCCACACUGACCCGUGCAGGCAUGUCUUACUACAACACGCCAGGCCUACACGUGCACGUGGGAGCCUCACAUGGCAUUGCGAGGCCGUCCCCGAGAAGAAGCAACAGCCCAGAUAAGUUCAAGCGCCCAACGCCACCUCCUUCCCCCAACACGCAAGCUGGAGCUCAGCCCGGACCCCCCCCUCCUCCUCCACCUCCUGCAGCACCAGCGCAGCAGCAGCCCGCAGCACCACAGUCCUCACAGCCAUAAUGCAUGAGCUCAGCGUGGACUCAGACCAGAGUUACUGUAUUCCCGCCAAGCCAAAGGCUUAUCUAUCCUAUGUACAUGGAGUCAGCAUCUUCCUCUUGCACUGAGAAUCAAAUAGGCUUCACUGUUAAUCUGUCUUGUGUUUUUUUUUUUUCUUUUGUUGUUGUUGUUGUUUUUAUUUUUUGUCCCCCUAAUUCGUUUUUGAAUGCAGUUCAGCGGUCUUGUGGCAUUGAUUGCAACACUAAACCUGCUUGUAUUUAUUCCCCCGCCCCCCCACUAGAAGAAAUCCUCUUCUUAAAAACAAAUGCAGAAAUGCUUAUAGCAGAGAGCGUUAAAGGGAGCAAAAGAAAUCGAUUUCCUGUUAAGCCUCAGAUUUCGGAUUGAAGGAUUUUUAUCGUAACGCAAAAGUACUGAGAGAGUACUCUCAUCCACUGUGCUCACAGAAAAGGAAGAUAUUUGAGAAAUGUCUAGUGAUUUAUUGCAUUUUUGCAUUUAAACGAGUCUCCUAACAGCGAGACACUAGACACGUGCAGCUGGUCAGGUGCUGCCGAGAGCUGCUUUUAUAGACGCUGGGAAAGUGCAGCUAAUGGCUUUUAAUGGAUGCAGAAACGCAACCAUGCACACUCGGUCAAAUGACCAAUUAGCCUGAGCAAAGAGCAAAGACUGCAGAGUCUGUUCAGAUUGUGCCUAUUGGCAAAAGAUGCUUGUGGGGCAAUAGAGGUUGUUUCGAUCUAGAUCAAAAAAAUAAA